AUGGAUUUUGCCAACGCUGCAGCGUCGGCUGAUCAAUUCAAGGCCUCGUCGGUUGAUCAAUUCCAGCGAUGGUACCCACAGUACAGACACGUCUUCGAUAACAUCACACGGGCCAACUGCUCAGUCGAGUACCGCAACUACAAGUCAGGCAUCAUCAACUCCACCAACAUCAAUUACUUGGCCGGUGGCGACAAAUUCACAGCGCUCACUCAGCCCCUUAUUGACUGCAUCCUUGACAAUACGUCCGAGUAUCUCAAGGGAAGCAUGACUAGCGCUCAAGUUCUGCUCGGCAUCAUGCCCACCAUCAUCACCUUCCUUGGUCCCUCUCAUGAUGAGAUGGCCAUGCUGUCCAAUAUUGGUAGGAGGCCGCUUCUUGCUGCUGGCAUAUCUCUGGCAGCCCCUUCGGCCUAUUUCAGCAGAGCUUUUGAGUAUUUCGACCCAGGCGAGAUCCUGUGCCACCAUAAGUACCGGCAUAAACAAUAUCCCCUUGGAAACCACUUGACGAUCUUGGUCUCCGUUCUAGAAUAUGGUGUUGUCGCAGGAGCCUGUUGGAACAUCGUCGUCAACACCCGGCAGGUCAACCUGUGGUCCAUUAGCUCUCUGGCAUCAGAUGCAGAUUUCUUGCCCGGACUGUGGCUAGCAUUUGGCCCUUGCAUCCACUUCUUCAGCUGCUUUAGGCUGUGGGGUUUCUUGAUCACCAAAGAGUUGGUUCCGUGUGCUACUAAUCACUACGUUUCGUGUAUUACGGGGCGCAUGGAGAGCAAAACUUUCCUAGUGACUGCGUGGCUGGAGUCAACCUUUACGAUCCUCCACGUUGUCUUUGGAACUCUUGUCUUUUCGGGGACUCUUUUUGUAGGAACCAAAGAAGCUCUGGGGAUUGUGGGCAGGUACAUUGCUGGUGUGGCUGUUUGUCGCAUUAUUCUCAUGUACGAGUUGGCCGGUUUACGUGAGAGCUGUGUCUCUAUCGAUGGUGUCAAGAUUAAGCCGGAGGACAGCGAUCAUUCUGGUGCUGAAGAGAGCCAAAGGGGUGGCAGUGAACUUGAGGACGGGAGGGGAGGGAAAGGGCCAACUGUCAAGGAAUUCAGCCGUGAUUGA